AUGGUACGUUCCUCCCAAACCGCGUUCAGCUGCCCUCUGGUCCCCUCUGCAUGCCAGGAGAAUGGUGGAAGAUCUGUACAUGAGACAACUCGAUACCAACUCGAGAAUUUGAACAACACUCUGCCGAAGGGUCCUCCCCCGGCAAAUACGCGAGAGGGUACAGCGCGGAAGGGAGAAAAGACCCGCGAUGUUGGCGGCAGUUUUGCGACUCGUCGUGGGCAUGCCAGCCAGCUGUCAAUCUCCGACCCAAGCCACCACGUAACGGAAGCGAUAGGCGACCUCUACGGCGACAGCGACGAUGAAUCCGUCCACGACGCCCGCCGGCAGUCCCGGCCGCUGAGUUUCAUCGCCGCCCCGUACGGCGGGGAGCAGAUCCAAAAGGAGGAGCAGCAUGGCAAGCAAGACCGUCCCGAAGAUCGGCAUAAGCUGGUGCGCACGACCUCGGACCAGACCACCGCCACGACCGCCUCGCUCCCCAACGGCCAUCAACCCAUGAAAAAGGCGCAGACACUCCCGACGAGGAUACCUAGCCAACGCAACAAUUCCUACGAAGGGUCGCUCUCUCCCAGAUCGCCCAUUUCCCCCUUGUCGCCGUCCCUGUCGCUUCGCGAUGUCAACGGGGAUUCCUCCUCGUCCUUCCCGCUGACCAACAUCGACGACCCCAGCGACAUCGCCCAGGAGCUCAGCAAUCUACAGGCACUCCGGCGCAUGUCGAUGGAUGUCGGCAACAACAGCGACCCGGACUUGCUCCCUUUCCAGGGAAUGACCCUGACGGCCAUGCCCUCGAUAGCCCCGACUGGGGAGGAUGACGAAGGCGACCUAUCCCGCCUGCUGUGGGUGCCGGCCAAGGUCCAUCCCGAACUUGCCCCGGAUCAGUUCAAGAACUUUCUCGAAAAGCGAGUCCAGUCGAUGAAGCGAAGAUCGGGCGACUCUAUGCUCUCGGUAGAUACGAUGGACUCGGGAAAUGAUGGCGGAGGCUUGCGGCGGAAAAAAUCCAUGCUUUCGAAGCAGAUCGACAAGAACGGGGCAGACGGCUAUGUCGACGGGGCAGAGCGGCUCGAAAGAAAACGAUCAUCGACCGGGCAGUCGGCUGCGGAGCUCAGCCUCGACGAGCUAGUCAAUGACCCAACCAAGGUUGUGCAGAAGCUUACCCUGGAGACCCAGAACGCAGAGGCCGGUGCCGAGAGGAGCAGCAUGGACAACGACAUGCCCAUAUUGCCUGUGGCACCGGGUAUGGGGCUGCGAAGGUCAACGCGAACGACGUACCGCAAGGGAGGCAGUCUUCGUGGCGACCGCGUGCCUUUUUCCAAGAGAGUGGCUGCCCGGCAAGCAGACAAGGAAGCUGCUGAAGAGUCGCCGCGCACCUCAAAGUCUUCCGAGUUUGAAGCACCCAAAGGGCACGGGCUGCAGCGCGUGCAGUCCGAACCCAUUUCAGACAAUUUCUCGCGCCCCGCCAGGUCUGUGAGGCGGCAGCACGGGUUCUCGAGGGACUCGCCGUCCAGCGCUGUCGACACCACCCAGACCGACUCACUAGACGACGAGACUCACCACCAGUUCCCCGCCAGAAAGCAGUCUAUCGACUCGACAAUGUCUGCCUCGACCGUCCCCACCAUCGUGGAAACUCCGGCGGACGAAACGCCACAACAGGAGACCACCCUCCCCUCCAGGCCAUUUCCACAGCGCUCAUCCUCCCAAAAGGCCGCCAUGCAAUAUUCGCCUCAGCAGCACCAAGACGAGCAACCCCCUCCAGCACCACAACAAUCAGCACAACAACCACCGCAUCCAGCCCCGACACACCCACCACCUCGAUCCAGCAAACGUCCUUCCCUGCGCACGCCCAGCCAUGGGUCUUCUGCCAGCAUGGAGCACCAACCCUCUCCCGGCGCAAAUCAUACUCUGAACGAGAUGGCGCAGCAUCCCUCGCCCUUGCCAGGAGGCGGCGCGACUCGCACGGACAGCCUCACCUUCAUCCCCACCAUGUCCAUCGACGAAAGGAGAUACGACAGGAAGAAGGAGAAGGAAGACAGCGAGCCCAGCAAGACUAUGAGUUGGAAGUGGUUCAAGAGCGAGGACAAGGAUAAGAAGAAGAAGAAGGAGAAGGAGAAGGAGAAAGAGAAAGAGAAGGAACUCGAGAAAGAGCGCGAGCGCGAGCGAGAGCGGGGGAGAGAGAGAGAACGCGAGAGGGAAAAGGACAAGGACAAGGACGAGCAGCGGAAAUCGCGGUCCAAGCUGGGCGAAAAGGUGCACGACAACGCCCGGCUGGAUCUGCUGCAGAGCUCCAUCGACAACGCCAUCACAAAGGGGCGGGAGAGCCUGCUGCUGGACCGGGAGAGCAUCGACAACAAGCUCUCGGAGGAGCGCAAGAAGGAGAGCAGCCGCAAGGGCAGCGACUCGAAGAAGGAGAAGGACGGCUUCUUCGGCUCCUUCUUCGGCGGCUCCAAGAAGAAGGAGAGCAAGGAGCUCGGCGCGCCCAAGGGCGGCAAGCAGCGGGCGCUGUCGCCGGAGCCGCCCGCGCGCCUGCUCAAGCCCGACGUCGACUACCCGUACACGCGCUUCCCCAUCGUCGAAGAGCGCGCCAUUUACCGGAUGGCGCACAUCAAGCUGGCCAACCCGCGGCGCGACCUGCGCAGCCAGGUGCUGCUGUCCAACUUUAUGUACUCGUACCUGGCCAAGGUCCAGGCGAUGCACCCGCAGCUCAACGUGCCCGUCUCGCCGCAGCAGAAGCGGCAGGAGGAGGAGCGCAAGCGGCGCGAGCAGGAGCAGCAGUACCUCAUGGAGCAGCAGAUGCAGCAGCAGCAGGGGCAGCAGGGGCAGCAGCAGGGCGGCGACGGGCAGAGCAGCAUUGACCAGUUUAACUUUGAGUACCACCGGUCAACGAACCAGUACGGCGACGCUGGGAGCCAUAACCAGGACGGCAGCGUCGACUAUAUAGACGACGCUCAGAUUUACGAAUACGAUCACGGCGGGCACGACCAGAGGGAGGGCGGCGGUGGCGAGUAUCACCACGACCAGAACGGGGGCGCCCGGCAGCAGGACUAUUACGAGUACGACCAGCAGCACGAUGGUGGAGGUGCGGGUUCGGGUGCCUCGGGCAGGAGAAACGAUAGCAACGACAUGUGCCGGGAUGGGACUAUUUGGAAUUCUUAUGUUGUUUUCUUUGGCCGAGGCUCUCUUUUGCAAGAGGGCAAGCCGAGUCGGGACUGGCGAGAGGAGAUCGAACGAGUUGGCCGGGAGCAUUACCGAGAGUGCGAUGAGAUGUGUUACGACUACGAGGGCACGACGCUUCUAGUCGGAUGA